AUGACCAUCUUCCGACAGAUCAAACGGAAGGACAAUCCGGCCCCAGCCCGUUCCUCCAACAUCACCAUCCCCGAGACGUCCGUCCGACAGCAACCGUCUGUACCUCCUACACACGACCAGAAUGAUUACAAGAACCUCUAUCGACGAUCCAUUGAUCAGCCCGAAGAUUUUUGGUCUUCGAUGGCCACAGAUCAUCUGCAAUGGGACAGUCCAUUUCGUAGCGUCUAUUUGAAUGGUGCUGACGCCAGCACCCAUUCUUGGUUUGCGGGAGGGAAACUGAACGCUUGUUUCAACUGUGUCGAUCGACAUGCAUCGCACAACCCCCACAAAAUGGCUAUUCUCUAUGAACGAGAUGAGCCCACUAGUACGCCGGAAGGAAUGACGUUCGCGGAGCUACUCAGAGACGUAUCGAAGUUGUCCUGGGUGUUGAAAGACCUUGGCGUUCAACAGGGUGAAGUAGUAACCGUGUACAUGCCGAAUAUUCCGGAAGCAAUUGUGGGUAUGCUGGCAUGUGCCCGCAUUGGCGCAGUUCAUUCGGUUGUGUUUGCUGGUUUCUCAUCUCAGUCGCUCCGAGGACGAUUGGACGACGCCAAAUCAAAAGUCAUCCUCACGGUCGAUGAAGGUGUCCGGGGUGGCAAGGUCAUUCCCAUGAAAAACCUGGUUGAAGACGCACUUGUUGAAUAUGAAGGUCCCAGAGUGAAAUGUCUUGUUCUCAGGAGGACCAAGAAUCCGGUCCCAUGGUGCCAUAGAAGUACCGACUUCAAUUGGCAUGAAGAAUGUGCCAAGUGGCCGUCCUACUUUGCACCGGUGUCAAUGGGGGCGGAAGACCCUUUGUACCUGCUCUAUACUUCAGGGUCGACGGGGAAGCCCAAGGGCCUGAUGCAUUCCACUGCAGGAUAUCUCCUAAGCUGCGCUGUCUCGGGCAAAUACGCGCUGGACCUCAAACCAGCCGACGUCAUGUUUUGCGCCGGCGACGUCGGCUGGAUCACUGGUCACAAUUAUCUCGUUUACAGCCCGCUAUUACUUGGAAUUACGACCGUGAUAUUCGAGGGAACGCCAGCAUACCCUGAUUUUGAUCGAUUCUGGCAGAUUCUCAGUCGAUGCAAAGCUUCUCACUUCUAUGCAGCACCCACAACUCUGCGAAUGAUCAAAAAGGCUCGUCCCGAUGGUAAUAAAAUGGCCUUGAAAGAUUUGAGAGUCAUUGCAUCAAUCGGCGAGCCUCUAGCUCCCAAUGUUUGGGAGUGGUGUUUCGAGAUACUUGGACGUAAAAGGGCCUGUGUCUUGGACACAUAUUUUCAAACUGAGACUGGAUGCCACGCGUUUACACCACUGGCCGGUGUUACUCCUAUUAAACCCGGUUCCGUUGCUUUGCCAUUCUUUGGAUUCAAUCCAGCAUUGAUUGAUCCCGACUCGGGUAAAGAAGUAGACGAAGAUGAAGGUCAAGGGUUGCUCGUAUUCAAGCGGUCAUGGCCGGGCAUUGCGCGUACGGUAUGGAGAGACCAUGCCAGAUACAUAAAGACCUAUUUCAACGACUCAAGAGGAUACUUUAUCACUGGUGACGGCGCCAGUCGAGAUCGGGACGGCUACUACACCAUUCUGGGUAGGGUGGACGAUGUGGUUAACAUUUCGGGUCACCGUCUGUCAACCGGGGAGAUCGAAUCUGCUCUUUUGAAUCAAGGUCCUUUCGCCGAGGUUGCCGUUGUCGGCGUGCAGGACCAAAUCACUGGCCAGGCGCUGAAUGUCUUUGCCGUCCUCAAAAGGCCAGGGACUGAAGACAGCAGGGAAAUGAGUACAUCGGCGCAAGAGCAUGUCGGAAAGGCGAUCGGGCGGUUUGCUGUUCCCAAAAAUGUUUUCAUUGUGAAUGAUCUUCCGAAAACGCGAUCAGGAAAAAUCAUGCGACGGAUACUCAGGAAAAUAUUGGAGGGUGAAACCGAUCAAUUUGGUGAUACUUCUACUCUGAUCCAUCCUGAUGUCAUCUCACACAUCGUUGAGCAAGUGAAAGGCCAGAAUGCACCGAGCUCAGGAACCUCGAGGGUAAUUGAUACGCCUGGCUCAACAGCAGGAAGUGCCUCUUCAAUUACAGACUAUCCUUACCAAUUCUCGGAUUACGAGCUCACUUUGCUUGAUCACAUUCUGCCACCUUGCCACAUGUUCAUGUUCCUCUCAUUUGGCGCAGCUUCCAUCGAAGGCAUCGACGCCCUCCGCCAUGGUGUUGCCCGGUUGAGUGACUCUCUUCCGUUUCUUACUGGUGUAGUGGUGCCAUCAAGGCAUUGUCAGGAUAAAAAGGAUGCAUUCGAGGUCCAACCAGCAGAGAAGGCGUUCCUGCAAAAGUAUCCCAUGCUCAAGGUGGCAUUCAGCCCAAAGAUGGAUCAAAUUACACCAGACGACUUCAUCCAACAAGAUUAUUUGCCUAUUCCAUUCAUGAUGCCCCCAACAGAGCCCAUGCCGCUGGUGCGGUUUCAAGCCAAUGUUACAACCCGACGAAUCGUGCUAUGCGUGGCAUAUAACCAUCGGGCAUUAGAUAGCACGGGCGUCUCGGUCGUUCUCAAGACUCUGGCAAGACUUUGCAGCAGUCCAAAAGACCAAGCCGAGAGCCUGCCUACCAGUGACGAUAUUGAGACUUCUACUCGCCAGCGCAUCAGGAGCUCUGCAUCGAAGGAGCCAGUGCCGCUAGGAUGGACACCGGUUCCCCUAUCUCUUGAUGCGGGUGCGACUGAAGAUUCCUCACACGAGGCUGUCAGCCGCAAGUUCAGUCUCAGUGCCAGAAAGAUCGCGCUGUUGAAAGAAGUUUGCAACUCUGCCUCGACUGCCGAAGACCACGAUGGUUCUGGAAAAAGGCGCCAUUGCACGUCCAACGACGUGAUCUCGGCCUUGGUUGGAGUUUGCGGCAAUGCAGCACGCCGUGACAUCGUGCCGGACUGUGUCUCGCCACCCAGAGUGAUCAUCGCAGCAAACGUGCGGAAACAGUGCCAACUGCCUCCCAAUUACAUUGGAAAUGUACUUGUUGCGGCCGAGGCCACAGAUCCAAUCUCAUUAAUUUCUUCCCACAUGAAGAUCCCAGAUGAUCUCAGAAGUCUGCGCCAGGAAGAUCUCACCCAGAUAUGUGGCUAUGCUCUCGCUCUGCGGGAUCAAAUUGCUUCUAUCUCGGAGAGCUAUCUGCGCGGCAUUCUGCAUACGAUCUCGGAAGCUUCCAGCUUUUCGUCCAUUACCCCUGCUUAUGGGAAGAGCAUCAUUGUGUCAAGCUUGCGCUGGAUGGACUUUUAUUUGGAUUUUGGCCCAUUAGGCAAAGUUGAAAGAUACGAUAUUCCGGAGACGAAAGUCAAAGGAGUUUGCUGGGUCCUGCCGCUGCAUGAGUUGGAGGGCGGAUCCGAAUCAGAACCGUUUGAGCUCCGAUUUGUUCUCGAGCGCGCCGCCAUGGAACGUUUGCAGAAGAAUGAAUUCUUCAGAUGGGUGACCUCGGAUUAA